GGAACUUUGGAGAGGGUUAGAUAUCUUUAUAUUUAUAAAUUAAAAACGUAAAAUAAUAUAUCAGCUAGCGUUGUUAAGCUGUGCAUACUGCAACUGCGGCAGAGAACACACACUCAACUAAUCGUUUAGGUUACUGUUGCCUAACUUAUUGUUUUUGCUCUGUCUGAACUGUAGCAACAAAGCUAACGUUGUUAGCAGCUCUGCUAAGCACUAAGUUCCAUUCAUUCGUAGCUGGCGGUGACAUUAGUACAGACACAGCUCACGGUGUGUGUGUGUGUGUGUAUGUGUGUAUGUGAAACUUGUAGCUCAGAAAACACUAGUUAACGGUUGACAUUGUGUGUUUUGUUACAGUCAGAUAAGUUGUCACAAUUUGACGGCCCCGUUCUGGUCACAUUGACCCAACAUGUAUCGUCCUAAACCGACUCUGAAGGACCGACAGCACCUGUACAGGCUCAUCAUCAGCCAGCUGCUCUAUGAUGGAUACACCAACAUCGCCAACAGUCUCAUCAGUGAGGUCAAACCACCGACUGUCGUGUCGCCCUCUGAGCAGCUCAUGCAGCUGGCAAAGAUUGGGAUGGAGAAUGAUGACAGUGCAGUUCAGUACGCCAUAGGACGCUCAGAUACAGUAGCACCCGGUGUGGGUAUCGAUCUGGAAUUCGACGCAGAUGUCCAGACCAUGUCUCCUGAGGCGUCAGAGUACGAGACCUGUUACGUCACCUCCCACAAGGGUCCGUGUCGCGUCGCCACGUACAGUCGCGACGGCCAGCUGAUCGCCACGGGCUCUGCAGACGCUUCCAUCAAGAUCCUGGAUACUGAGCGCAUGCUGGCUAAAAGCGCCAUGCCCAUCGAGGUAAUGAUGAACGAGACAGCACAGCAGAACAUGGAGAAUCAUCCUGUGAUUCGGACGCUAUACGACCACGUCGACGAAGUCACCUGCCUGGCCUUCCACCCCACUGAACAGAUCCUCGCCUCUGGCUCCAGAGAUUACACCCUUAAACUGUUUGACUACUCAAAGCCCUCAGCAAAAAGAGCCUUUAAAUAUAUACAGGAAGCCGAGAUGCUGCGCUCCAUCUCUUUCCACCCGUCCGGCGACUUCCUGCUGGUGGGGACGCAGCACCCCACGCUGCGCCUCUACGACGUCAACACCUUCCAGUGCUUCGUGUCGUGCAACCCACUGGACCAGCACACCGACACCAUCAGCGGCGUUGCCUACAACCCCAGCGCCAACAGCUACGUCACCUGCAGCAAGGACGGCAGCAUCAAGCUGUGGGACGGCGUCUCCAACCGCUGCGUGACCACCUUCGAUAAGGCCCACGACGGGGCCGAGGUGUGCUCCGCCAUCUUCUCCAAGAACUCCAAGUACAUCCUGUCCAGCGGCAAAGACUCGGUGGUCAAACUGUGGGAGAUCUCUACGGGCAGGACGCUGGUCAAAUACACAGGUGCCGGUCUGAGCGGCCGUCAGAUGCACCGCACACAGGGCGUGUUCAACCACACGGAGGACUACGUGCUGCUGCCGGACGAGCGCACCAUCAGCCUGUGCUGCUGGGACUCUCGCACGGCCGAGAGGAAGAACCUGCUGUCUCUGGGCCACAACAACAUCGUCCGCUGCAUCGUCCACUCGCCCACCAACCCCGGCUUCAUGACCUGCAGCGACGACUUCAGGGCCCGCUUCUGGUACCGCCGCACCACCACAGACUGAGACACGUCCUCGACUCUCUCUCUUUCUCCACCCUCUGAUCCCCUCCUGCCCCACCUUAACAUCUCCCAUAGAAAGAAGCAAACAGGAUGCCGGACAGCCUUCCAUGACCUCACUGAAGUCAUCACUGUCUGAUCUGCAGCAUUCUUCACUUUGUGUUUACUUUGAAAAUUGUGCAGCGGAGUUUGUGAGACUCAUCUGUAGAAAGAGUUUCCAUUGCACCAAUUUAAAGAGUAAAGAAUGAGGGCAGCUCGAACUCCAGAUGUCCUUUAUUCCUAAGAACUACACUCUGUGAAUGAUAUGCAGUACUCAGUCUAAGGGUCCUCUCACUGCUUUGAAACACACAUUUCUCAUACGUUUUGUCGUAAUUGACGGCAGUUGGUUUGUUGUCUUUUCCACUUUUAUAUUUUGUGUAUGUCAUUUGUUGUAAUUCAGAUUUUUAUUAAAAGAUGAAAAA